UCGCCUUACCGGGUCCCAGCCCUGCUCUCGGGACACUGGACAGCAGCGCGGCCUGGACCUUUCAGCCACCAGCGUGCUUGUGCUUCUCCACAGGUCUCCCUGCAGUACAGCUUCAAUGACAAGUGGUACCACACCUGCGGAGGGUCCCUGGUGGCCAACAACUGGAUCAUGACAGCUGCCCACUGCAUCAGAUCCUCCUGGACCUACCGUGUGGUGCUGGGCCGGCAGAAGCCCUCCACCGAGGAGUCGGGCUCGCUGGCUGUCAUGGUCUCCAAACUCGUGGUGCACGAGAAGUGGAACUCCAGCCAGGUUACCAAAGGGAAUGACAUUGGCCUGCUCAAGCUGGCUGUGUCUGUCUCCCUGAGUGACAAGAUCCAGCUGGCCUGCCUCCCACCUGCUGGCACCAUUCUCCCCAACCACUACCCCUGCUACGUCACCGGCUGGGGAAAUCUGCAAACCAAGGGGAAGAGCCCUGACGUGCUGCAGCAGGGCCGCUUGCUGGUCGUGGACUACGCCACGUGCUCCAGCUCUGGCUGGUGGGGCAGCAUCGUGAAGACCAACAUGGUCUGCGCCGGGGGUGACGGCGUGGUCGCCAGCUGCUUCGGGGACUCCGGGGGGCCGCUAGGCAAGUGGGAGGUGCACGGCGUGGUCAGCUGCUCGUCCUCCCUCAGCUGCAACUACUACCACAAGCCCUCCGUCUUCACUCGGGUCUCCAACUACAUCUCCUGGAUCCAGUCGGUAAGAGCCACGCGAGCCCUGAGCCCAGGGGCACUGCCCUGCUCACCUGCCCCUGCCGGCAGGAGGGGUCUGAGAACCCCUCCUUCCUCCUGAGGUGUAGGCAAGACCCCCCCUCAAAGUUUCUGUGUGCACAAAGUUGAGCGAAAAGGAACAUGGAGCGUGGCCUUGUCCACAGAGGUUGAAAACAAAGGGUUCUCCUUCCUCAGGCGGGUCCAUGAGGA